UGACUACUGUCAGUUCACAGGCCCCAGGAGGGGCAGGGGCUGCUCAAGGUCAUGUGGCCAUUGGAGGCCGGGCCCCAACCCCCCACAUCCUGUCUAGGAGCCAGGGUCUUUUCUUACUGCCCCAGAAGUCAGGGCUUCGGUCCCUCAUCCCCUCCCCAUGCUGUUUUGAGGUCUCCAGCCAGGGGCCCAGGGGGCAGAGCUGAGGGGCAGAUGAGCUGGGCCUGGCAGAGACACAGAAACUCUCUCCACCCCACCCCCGGGGUUCAGAUGCCGCACACACACUGGGGAGCUGCCCCGUCCCCUGGGCAACAGUCAACACAGACAGCAGCUCAAAACACAGCUAGGCUCAAGUGGUCUCCCCAGCCUGCAUCAGCCAUUCUGAGCUUGGGGUCUAGAGGGCCAGUGAGGAGGACCCCUGCACAGCCUCUCCUGGGGGGGGGUCCCAGGGGAGGUCUGAGCUCAGGCAGGUACCUCUCUCUCUCUCUCUCUCUCAAUCUCUCUAUUUCUUUGUCUCUGUCUCACACACACACACACACACACACACACACACACACACACACACACGGACCCAAUGGGGAGCCACCCCACUCCUGGGUUCCGGAGAACCACAUCAGCUGGGUACCGGCUGCCCUCAACCAGGCUGUCAGCCUUAGACUCCUCCACUGCCCCAAGUGGCCCUGGGGCGGGCAGGGGUCUCGCUGGCAGCCGCCAAGCCCCCCGGGCCCCAGAAGCAGAGCGGUUGGCCCUGGGAACUAAUGGUGUGCAGCAGGAUCAGCUGUGGAGGGAGCUCUUGGAGGCCGAGAGGAGGGGCCAACAGCGCUGGGCUCAGCACUGGAGUUUCCUGAAAGACUAUGACCCCCUGGGCAACAAGAAGGAGCCAGUGAAGUUGCCGGACUACGUGCCUCUCUUUUCCGACACAGUCCCCAACUCCGCGAACCAGGUCGUGGGCAGCAGGGUGGACACGCCCCUGGGGCAAACCCUCAUCGGCAUGGACUUCUUCUUUGUGGACGGAGUCCGGAAGAAGAAGCUGGAAGCCGAGCUGCAGCCCAUGUAGGAGGAGGAGGUGGGUGUAGGGGUGGCACGGGGAGGCUGUGGGCUGAGGGGGCCCCGUGGCCCCAGUCCACGGCCCACACACGUCAGCCAGCCUUUCCUUCUCUCCGGGCCCCGCACAACCUUCCCGAGGGCCGCACUGCUCCGUUUUCACUCAUGAGAUUAGAAGGAUGCCAGGAGCUUGCCCACAGUCCUGGACCUGGCAGGGCUGGGGACUCCCUCUUGGGGUCCGUGAGAGGCAGCCCUGCAUUUGUGGUCACGAGCUGAAGGCCUGGGUCCCAAUCCUGCUCCUGACUCUGAGCAGCUGUGUGACGUUGGGUGGGUUGCUUGAACCCUCUGUGCCUCCAUUUCCCCAACCCCGCAACAUGGUGUAUUGGUUUCCUAUUGCUGCCAUCACAAAUGGCCACACACCGAGGGGUUAAAACAGCACAUACGUCCUAUCUUACAGCGCCAGAGGUCAGAAAUCCAAAGUGGGUCUCACCGGACUGAAAUCAAGGUGUGCGAGGGCUGCAUUUCUUUCUGGAGGCUAAAGGCACCGGAUUCCUCGCCUUUUCCAACUUCCAGAGAGAGGCUGUCCACAUGCCUCAGCCCGUGGCUCCCUCAUCACCAAAAGCAGAAUGGUAGCAUCUCCAAUCUCCAGACCUCUCUCUCUUUCUCCCUCUGCCUCCCUCCAUCUUUUAAGACAUCCAGGAUAUUUUUUCCAUCUCACAGUUCUCAGUUUAAUCAUGUCUGCAAAAUCCCUUUUGCAUGUAAGGUAACACAGAACAGGCCCCAGGGAUUAGGACGUGGAUGUCUUUGGUGGGCCAUUUUUCUGCUUACCACAUACAGAAGUAAUUAAAGUACUGAUUCUAGAAGA